UGAGAAAAUAUCAACAAAUACUGCAACUAUAGGAAAAUCAAUUUCAGAAGAUAACUACAAUUCUAGUGCUUAUUGGGAGAAGAAAACUUGAUAAGAAAUGAAGCUGAGCUUAAGCUGUAAGAAGAUACUUCUUUGGUGUGCUUUUCUUGUUCUAUUUUUUCAUAUAACAAAUGCUUCAUCAGACUCCAUUAGUUUCAAUGAGUUCCUGCAAGAUUCAGAAACUUUAGUCUCUAAUAACAAAACCUUCAAAUUGGGGUUUUUUAGUCCUGAGAAUUCGGCGAAUCGUUAUGUUGGUGUCAUGUUUAAUAUGAAAUCACAAUCUGUUAUAUGGGUAGCCAACAGAGACGAGCCUUUACAAGAUUCUAGUGGAAGAGUAACAAUAUCAGAAGAUGGCAAUCUUGUAAUCUUGAAUGGACAGGGGAAGAGUUUAUGGUCAUCAAAUAUUUCACCAUCUGUGAGAAAUUGUACAGCCCAGCUCUUGGAUACUGGAAACUUAGUUUUGAAGGACAAUUCCAGUGAGCGAGUUCUAUGGGAAAGUUUUAGUGAUCUUUCAGAUUCCUACUUGCAGCAGAUGAAACUCGGCACUGAUAAGAGUACUAACACCACAAAUCUGUUGAAAUCAUGGAGAAGUCCUGUAGAUCCAUCUGAUGGGAGUUUCUCAGCUGGUAUUCAAACUGAAACAAUUCCUCAGAUUUUCAUAUGGAAGAAUGGCUUACCUCAUUGGCGUAGCGGUCCAUGGGAUAAACAGGUUUUUAUUGGAAUACCAAACAUGACUUCUUUCUAUUUCAAUGGAUUUGAGCUAGUAAAUGACAACAUGGGCACCACCUACUUCUACUAUUCAUAUGCAUAUCAAGGUGAUGACAUUAUGUACUUAGUUUUGAACUCAACAGGAUUUCUGCAACAAAAAGAUUUAUAUGCUAGGAAGAAUGAGUGGGAAGUCACAUGGGCAACUCCUUCAAAUGAGUGUGAUUUUUAUAAAAAGUGUGGGCCAUUUGGAAGCUGUGAUUCUGAAAGUUCACCAAUUUGUAGUUGUUUGCAAGGGUUUAAACCAAAAAAUCAAGAGGAGUGGGUCAAAGGAAACUGGACAAAUGGAUGCAUCAGAAAGACUGUGUUAGAGAAAGAAAGAAACAACUCUAACAUUGAGCAAGGUAAGCAAGAUUGGUUUUUGAAGUUGCAGUCAAUGAAAGUGCCAGAUUCCGCUAUUUGGGUACCUUCAGCCAAAGAAGACUGUGAAAGUGAUUGCUUAAGAAAUUUCUCCUGCAUAGCUUAUUCAUACUACACAGGCAUAGGGUGUAUGCAUUGGGAAGGGAGCUUAAUUGAUUCUCAGAAAUUCUCCAAGGGUGGGGCUGAUUUAUUCAUUCGCCUUGCAUAUACUGAACAAGAACAAAAGAAGAGCAAUAAAGUAGCCAUCAGGAUCAUAGUUCCAAUAAUUUGCUCAAUAGUCAUUGCCAUUUUGGGAUACAUUUCCUGCAAACUGUUGGCUAAACAUAGAGGAAGGAAGAGACAGCGUGAGCUCUUAUCAAAAAAAUUAUUUCCAAGCUAUUACAAGCUAAGUUUGGCUAGAGAUGACAUUUACGGAGUUAAAUUUGAAGAUCUAACCAUAUACAACUUUGACAUGCUAGCAAAUGCAACUGACAAUUUUCAUCUGUCUAGCAAGCUUGGGCAGGGUGGUUUUGGUCCAGUUUAUAAAGGAAAACUUCCAGAGGGACAAGAAAUUGCUGUGAAAAGGCUUUCACAGUCUUCUGGUCAGGGGCAAGAGGAAUUUAUGAAUGAGGUUGUGGUGAUUUCCAAACUUCAGCAUCGUAAUCUUGUUAGACUCCUCGGCUGCUGCAUAGAAAGAGGGGAGAAGAUGCUCGUUUAUGAAUACAUGCCAAAAAGAAGCUUGGAUGCCUAUCUCUUUGGUGCACACUCUGAAGAGGAAUACUUCCUUGAUUGGAGCAAACGUGUGAUCAUCAUUGAGGGAAUCGGCCGAGGCCUCCUAUACCUUCACAGGGAUUCAAGACUAAGGAUUAUCCACAGGGAUUUAAAGGCAAGCAACAUUUUGUUGGAUGAAUACCUGAACCCUAAAAUUUCAGAUUUUGGUAUGGCAAGGAUUAUUGCAGGCAACCAAGAUCAGGCCAAUACAAUUAGGGUUGUUGGAACCUAUGGUUAUAUGGCACCUGAAUAUGCAAUGAGAGGAAGUUUCUCAGAAAAAUCAGAUGUUUACAGCUUUGGCGUAUUGUUACUGGAAAUUAUUAGUGGAAGGAGGAACACUAGCUUUUACCAAGAUGAUAGUGCAUUAAGCCUUCUAGCAUGGGCAUGGAAGUUGUGGAACGAAAAUAAGAUUGUUGAAUUGGUUGACCCCAAGAUAAUUGAACUACAGCUCAAAAAGGAGAUUCAUAGAUGUGUACAUGUUGGACUAUUAUGCGUACAAGAAUAUGCAGAAGACAGACCAAAUGUCUCCACAGUUUUGUCUAUGCUCACCCGGGAAAUUGAUGAUUUACCAAGUCCUAAACAACCUGCAUUUACAACAAGACCGACCCCUUCCAAGAAAGGUUCCUCUAGAAUUCAAGUCUCUGUGAACGAUGUUAGCAUUACUAUUAUGGAAGCACGAUAGAGAUCAUAUAAUUUUGGUGUAGGCAUAUAUCUUAUUCAUUUCCAGUAAUUAUUCUUGUAUGUGAUUUUACAUUUAGAAUCCAAGAGAAGUUUAAACCGAGCUGAGUCCUUUAGCAGAGAGAAUUUCAGUCAUGAGAUUAACAAGUUAGUUUCAUUACCAAAGGGUAUUCCAUAUCUGAA